AUGCUAAUUGUCCCUAGCUACGUUGGUACUCUUCAUGAAAUCAAUCCAGAGGCCUCCACCAUUGCCCUCGAGAAUGUCCAGUCAUUUGGCACAGAAGGGCGUCGGGGAAGCUCUGGCGAUGAGAUCCCACCUUCUUCAAGUAUCUACGAAUACAUUGUCUUCCGGGGCAGCGAUGUGAAGGACAUUAGCGUCGCCGAAGAGGAGAAGAAGGAGACCACACAGCCGGAACCCCCUCGCGUUCCGGAUGACCCCGCGAUCAUGAGUGUAAGUCUAUCUCGCUUCGUUCCUGACUAUUCCUCUUCCAUGUGCCAUCUGGCUGUACCACUUGACUGUGAUCGGCCAAUUGAUCAAAUGAUGAAAUAUAUUCGGAUGUAA